UUGCCCUUCCUUUAAUUUCCCGCGUUGACAGAGCGGGCAAAGCAGGAAUUUGGCAACGCAUUAAAGUCAUUGCUGUGCUUCCUAUUUCCUCCGGGUUUGGUGGCUUGGUCUCUCCACUCCUUCCUCCAAGCGGGCUCUGCGGAAAGCUGGCUCCUCUCUCUCUCUCUUUCUCUCUAGCGCAGAUGGUUAGCGUCAUAGCUCAGGAGCGGCUUCUUGGUGCAGCUCUGGGAGGAGUGAUGGCCGCUGCUAUCACCUUUGAGGAGCGCAAGUGCAUUUAUAGAUCCGUGUCCACAAACCAGAAGCAUGUCGCUACCCAAUCGCAGGAGAUCACGGGGACAUUAUCAACUAGGAACCCAUGUUCGAGAUUGGCAAGCUUGUGGAAUGCAACCAUAGACGGAAGCCUUGGUCCAGUUAUCAGGUUCCUCAGCUCUCGUGGUUGGUGAAGACAAACUCCAGCCCCAACUUCUCAUUUGCUAUUGACCGGAGAUUGUUGACCUACUGUUGAUAUGUAUGUUUUACGACUUCUCGCGUCUAAAGGAAUUUGAGCGAUAGUCUUUUUGUUUGAGAAACUGCAAACCUGCGACUGGUGUCCUGUUGACUGAUUGGUCGAGUUGAAUAAGAAGGUGAUAAUAAUUUUUCUGGUGUU